AUGCGCGCCGCCUACUUUCUCUCGACUCUAUUGGCUGCCACUGCCCUGGCAUCGGCAGUUCCCCAGGGACCCGCGGAGAACGCUGAGCUCGUCCCGAUUGACGACCCUUCUGACCUGGACAAACGUGGACCUAUUGCACCGACGCCCGAUGAGGACGACGAGGAGUCUUUCGACCUCGAGGAUGAGGAAGACGAAGUGACUAUCAGUCAUCUUGAAGAGCGUGGAAUCUUCGACAGCGGCGGUCGCGUGUGCAAAAAGAAGGGCCAAAAGACCUGCUAUCAUGUGAAGUCCAACGGCCGCUGCAAGAACCUGGUUUCCUCCAACGGGAAACCCUUUAUUUCCGGUUCAGCCGAUGGCGGGUGCAUCUGUACCGUGUAUUCGCAGAAGGGCUGCCCCUGGAUCAAAGGCAAGAGAAAGAGCUAUGAUGAACGUGGUGCGAACUUCGGAUUCAAUGCGAAGAGUAUGGACUGCUCCGUCAAAGUUUAG